UACCCUUGUCCAAAAGUGGCUUGUAGGGUUUUAGUCUUUGGCUUGCUGCACUGCUACUCAUGAAUUUCUCCCGGGCCAUCACCGGAGUGCUAUCUCCCCACUCCCGCAAUUCCACCAAAUGGUUUUUCUCUCUCGGUUCCUCCUUCACAACCCAGCAGCUUGCAUCUCUCUCUUCCUCGACGCUGAAGCGCACUUCCAAUACAAUCACCGAGCCUAAGUCUGAGGCGUCCUCUCCUGGGUUGUCGUCUUUGCCUGCCACCGAAGCGCCUGCUCCCCCCUCCCUGGAAAAUUACAAGAAGUCGUCGGACCUGCCGCGCCCGAAGGAGAUACCCUUUCAACCGCAGAUUCUUAACCAGGUGCACCUCGUCGGUUACGUCGGUGUGCCGGUUCAGCUUCAGAUGUCACACAAUGGAUCCUGUGUCGCCAUCUCGGUUCUUACCUCUAAGAAGAUCGAGGGGCUACUUUCAUUCAGGAUCUCAGUAAUUUUUCAUGGUGAUUUGGCACAAAUUGCUGCCUGUCACUUGAAGGAAAAUGAUCUCAUUUAUGUGACCGGUCAAUUAAGUGGAGAUACUCCAUUUGUUGCACAAGAAGCUUCUUGCACUAGCAUUCAGGUUAUAGCAGAUAAGUUAAGUUUUGUGCAUGAUGGGAAUUCACAAUCGACUCCCAGUUUUAAAGCCAAUGCAUCGAAGGUGUACUCUCAGAAGUUAUGGGAUGAUCUUGUUCUAAAUCCACUCGACUGGUUUGAUAAUCGAGAAGAUAAGCUGAAUGGACUGGUUUUCACUUUCAUAUCGCAUCCUCAUGUUUUUUCAUUUCCUACUAAGUCUGUCUUAUUCACUUGUCUUGCUGUGCAGAUACACCCAAAAUAUCCAGAUUUUAAAAACCGAAAGACUUAUCAAGGUUUAUGGGUAAACAGUGCACCAAGUUGGGUAUCAGAGAGGCUGGAACGAUUAGUGUUUGCAAGUAGAGAGAAAGAAAAACUACCCCCUCAGCAAAGUGAAUACCAUGAAGAGGCUGGUAUAUCUAAACAAAAAGAAUACACUUUUGCAUCAUCUAUCAAAAAUAAUGAAACUUCAUGGAAGAACCUAAUUGAUAAUCCAAAGGACUGGUGGGACAACAGAUCAAUGAAGCUAAAGAAGACAUCUCCUGAUUUUAAGCACAAGGAGACGGGCGAAGCUUUGUGGCUUAGUUCUUUCAACACUCCUGACUGGGUUUUGUCAAAGCUGCCCCCAGUGGAGACAACAUCGUAGGCAGAAAUGGUUCUCAGUGUUUUGUCUCUUUAUUUUUUAAAUUAUUAAAAGAGCGUCCCACAUAUAAUUUGUUAUUUCCAAUUCUGUGUUCCACUAUUUAAAGUAGCUUUAGUGAAAGUUACAUCAUCUUUGGAAGCUACUCAAAGGUGCCAAGUUUGCAAGGUCAGAUGGUUUUUGGAGUUGUAGUCAGUUGUGCCUAUGAACUCAAAUAAAUUAGCUUUCUUUUGACAUAAUAUAUUAAACGCAAAUGUUAGUUGAGAGGAUCAUCA